CACACACAGCUCACUGAUUACUUUGGGAAUCAGCAAUCAUGAAACUUGGUACACAGGAGAAAAAAAAAAAAAAGUCUUCUUCAGCUUAAUCAAGAAUUUAUCAAACAAUUAUUACAGGAAUGCACGUUCUUUCCAAAUUCGCUCCCAUCACAUAAUGUUCUUUGUUGCUAAUUAUUCCUUUUUUUUUUUUUGCAAGAUUUCCUAAUACCAAAAUUCCAUUUUUUCCUUGAGUCCUAACCCACAAAACCAAAAAAAUGACUAAAUAAGUUGCACCAUUUUUCUUCCUUUUCAUUUCUUUAGCUCUUUGAAGUUUGAACAUCGCCUUUUAGCAUUGUACCUCAUGUAGUCUACUCAUUCCCACCAAAACAUACACAUUGAUCACCGCCAGAGGCCGAGCAUUGUCGAUACUGUCUCCGGUGGAUUGCAACAAUGGGAAGACAAGCAAUGAAUCUUGGCAAAGCCAGAGCAGAUACCCGCCUUAUCCUCCAUCUUGCAGGAUUGGUUUUACUUCUUUUUGCCUCCAUGGGUGUCAAUGUAGUAACGGCAGGACCUAAGUCAGUUCCUACAGAAUUUACUCCUGCUGAUAACUACCUGAUCAACUGUGGAUCCUCUUCAAGCACUUGGCUAGAUGAUGGCAGAACUUUCAAGUCUGAUCCUCAGUCUGCUUCUUAUUUGUCCACUGAGGAAGACAUUUUGGCUACGGUUAAUUCGUUGCCUAACAAUGUCGUAUCUUCUUCUCCUUCAUCAUCGUUUCCAUUGUAUCUUUCUGCCAGAAUUUUCGAGCAUGAAUCGAUGUAUAGAUUCCUGGUCUUUAGCCCAGGCCGCCAUUGGGUACGGCUGUACUUUUAUCCCAUAGCUCAUCCCUCUUAUAAUCUAACAAGUGCCACAUUCUCAGUUAGCACUGAUAGUACUGUUCUGUUGCAUGGCUUCUCAGUGAAGGAUAGUACUAGAAUGGUAUUCAAAGAGUACCUCAUUAAUGUUUCUUCUAAUGCAUUCACCCUGAAAUUCUCUCCUAUAAAAAAUUCUUUUGCAUUUAUCAACGGCAUUGAGUUUGUUUCGGCACCAGACAACCUCAUUUCUGAUUUAGCCACCUCUGUUUAUCCUGUUGCCGAUUUUAGUGGCUUGACUAAAUUUGCACUUGAAACGUCUUAUAGAAUUAAUGUUGGGGGCCCAUUUGUGACCCCAAGGAAUGACACAUUGUGGAGGACAUGGCAGCCUGAUAAUCAGUUCAAUGCCUUCCCUCAAGGUGCCAGAGCUGUGUCGGUAGAUCCUGCCAUUAUUGAAUAUCCAGAUGAUGGAGCCACACCUUUGAUUGCACCACCUUGGAUUUAUGCAACAGCUGAUCAGAUGGUGGAUUCUGGUGUGGCUGACUCCAACUUCAACCUAACAUGGCAGAUGAGUGUUGAUCCAAGUUUCUCUUACUUGAUCAGACUUCAUUUUUGUGAUAUUGUCAGCAAGGUCAUGAAUGAGCUCUACUUCAAUGUUUAUGUAAACGGCAUGAUUGCUGUUUCAAGUCUUGAUCUUUCAACACUCGUUUCAGACCUUGCUGUCCCUUACUAUAAAGAUCUAGUACUCAAUGCCUCCUUUAUUACAAACAAUUCUAUAGUUGUUCAGGUUGGUCCUACUUUAAAUCAGCAAAGUUCCCCAAAUGCUAUACUCAACGGACUGGAGAUCAUGAAGCUGAGCAACUUAGCUGGAAGCUUAGAUGGUUUGUUUUCUUCAAAUGCAGCUCCAAGCAUGGGAAGUAAUAAGCUGAAAAUUGCUGCUGUUAUAGGUUUAGCAACGGGGAUUGUUGCACUAGUAUUGCUCGUGAUCAGCUUCAUACGGAGACAAAAGAAGCCUAAGGGUUGGAAGAGACAAAAGACAUUUGCCUCAUGGCUUCCUCUCAAUUCAAGCUUUUGCAGUUUCUUAUCAAGUAAGACCAAAACAACUAAUUUUUCAAGUUUUGUUUCAGCAGGAGUUGGUCUAGGCAGGCAAUUUACUUUAAAUGAAAUAAAGGAUGCAACAAAAAAUUUUGAUGAGAAGGCUGUUAUCGGUGUCGGGGGUUUUGGGAAAGUGUACCUCGGAGAAUUGGCUGAUGGAACCAAACUUGCCAUAAAAAGAGGCAAUCCAUCAUCAUCACAGGGAAUAAAUGAAUUUCAAACCGAAAUUGAAAUGCUUUCCAAGCUCAGACAUCGUCAUCUUGUCUCAUUGAUUGGAUACUGUGAUGAACAAUCUGAAAUGAUCUUGGUCUAUGAGUACAUGGCCAAUGGUCCACUUCGCGACCACAUCUAUGGGUCAAAUUUGCCGACAUUGUCAUGGAGGCAACGCCUAGAGAUCUGCAUUGGUGCAGCUCGUGGAUUGCAUUAUCUUCACACUGGUGCAGCACAAGGCAUAAUUCACCGUGAUGUUAAAACUACUAACAUCCUCUUGGAUGACAAUUUUGUUGCGAAAGUUUCUGAUUUUGGCUUGUCCAAAGCUGGCCCCUCUUCUUUGGAGCAAACACAUGUCAGCACAGCUGUAAAAGGCAGUUUUGGAUAUCUUGAUCCCGAGUAUUUCAGAAGACAACAGCUCACAGAGAAAUCAGAUGUCUACUCCUUUGGAGUGGUCCUUUUCGAGGUGCUAUGUGCAAGGCCUGCUCUUGAUCCAGCAUUGCCAAGGGAGCAAGUCAAUUUAGCCGAAUGGGCAAUGCAACAGAACAGGAAAGGAUUCCUAGAGAAGAUCAUUGACCCACUUAUUGUCGACACCAUUGGCUCUGAAUCAUUGAGAAAGUAUGUGGAAGCUGCAGAGAAAUGCUUGUCAGAAUACGGAGUUGAUAGGCCUUCUAUGGGGGAUGUAUUGUGGAAUUUGGAGUUUUCUUUGCAACUUCAGGAUGCAUCUUCGAUCAUUCAUGAUCCACCUGAAGAAAAUAACAGAAAGCACAACUCCAAUUUGGGAGGAACAAGCAGUGAAGUACAGCUGCUAAUUGAUAUGAAUGAUGAUUCUGGAGUAGUGGUUGCUUCUCCUAUGUUUGUUGAUGAAAACCUGGAAGGAAGGUAAAUGGUCUUUGAACAAAAUGAGAUUUCACUGACUUCACCAGCAAAAUAGGCAUGGACAAUCUAGCCGAAAGAAGAUUUGCAUCGACAAUGUAUCUCCCAAUCUCCUUGUAUUGUUUUAAAAGUUCCCAGGAAGCCAUUUGGACUCUUUACAAGUCUGUUCUGAAGCUGAUGGUUUCCCUCAAGUUUUUAACUUAUGAACAAUUGCUUGUAGUAGAUUGAUUCAUGUUUUAAUUUUUUAUUUUGAUGUCUUUGUAGUUUAGUACUUUUAAGGUACUCUGUUUUCUCUAAACUUCGAAAAUUUCAUUUCUAAUUUCAAC